AUGACAUGUUCCUGCACGUCUGCAAGUGAAGGACAAGAAUACAUCGUAUUGCAUAAAAAAUUCACUAUCAUCGUCGACCUUGCUGGGAAUGCAUCCAAACACUCUGAGCAGCCUGUCUCUUCUGAUAACAACCUUGAGCUUCCUCCUACCACUUCCGAAAUAUUUCAGAAGUGUCCUCGGUUCCGAAUUCUGGUAAUAGGCAAGUCUGGCGUUGGCAAGUCAUCACUGAUCAGCUAUGCAUUCGGAGUGGAAAAAGAGAUCGUUGCGCACAAUAAGCCUGGCGAAGCCAACAUUGACAAGGAGCUCAUCUCACUGCGGAACGAAAGGUUUGUUCUUCACGAUAGCAGAGGUUUCGAAUCAGGAGAAGAAGGCAACCUUAAAAUAGUCCGAGAUUUCAUUGACCGUCGGAGGAACAUCUCCCAAGAACAUCAGUUGCAUGCCAUCUGGCUUUGCUUCGAAAUUCCCCGUGCAGGUGCACGUUUGCUAGAAACGGGAACGGAGGAAUUCCUGAAAUCGAAAAUCAAUGGACAGCUGGGAAACGUUCCCGUCAUCGUCGUCUUUACUAAGUACGACAAGCUCAUCGCCCGAAUGAAGCGAAUUCUAUAUCAAAACUCUCUCGAUGAAUUGAGCGAUGAAGCCAUCAAGGAACUCGCCAAGAAGAAGGCAGACGCCCAGCUGCAGGAUACCUGCAUUGGACCACUAAAGCAAUUUGCAGGGCUUGAUUUUCCCCACGCUACGAUAUCUAGUGUGAACCAAUCCUUUGACAAGUUCAUGCGUGCUUCUGAAGUGUAA